AUGAAACUUCUUGUCGUGCUAGUACUUGUACCUUGUUUUUGCUUGACUAUCGAUGGAAAAGGCUUUUUAGCUGAAGAAGACCUCGUAACCAACAAUGAUGAUCCUAAGUUCUUGAACUUCUACGAGGAAGAACCAGAGAGUUUUGUGACCGGAAUCGAGGAUUUCUUUCCCCAACGAUAUACUGACGACCAGUUCAGUGGGGAAUCGUCUGGAAGUAAGAUUGUUUAAUUUAAUUUUUUUUUUAAUUCAGCCAUUUUUUCUAGCCUACAAUAAAUUUAUCCGAUAUUCGGUGAAUUUGCUGGAAAUUCGUUACCACAAUCAUUUGACAAUUUCUCCUUCUACGCCGAGUUAGUUCCUGUGGAAAAAAAAGCUUUGUUCAGAGAUCAAAUUGACCUGGAAUAUCAGCGAACGUGUUGACUAACAAGCUGCAAUGAAGAUAAAAUAGUGCGUAAGAGCUGGAAUAAAAGUUAACAUUGACCAUCUUAAAACCCAAAAAGAUGACUUAGUAAACUGUAAGAAAUGUUCACCUUUGUUGCGUACACUUACCAUAGGUGAUUGUGUUCCGGCGCAAUUUUUGGCUUUCUCAAAUCUGCAUCCACAUUAACAUUUGCUUCACUACCUGAAGACAGAGAUCAUUGUUGAAAAAGGUUUAUGUGAGCUUUACUUCAGUUUAUAGAAGGUUAUGUUUCUCAUAGCCUUUACCUUCUUUUAUUUGUGUUUGAUGACAGAAUUCUCAGUAUUUGUAUAUUUGUAUUCGCUGUAGCAUUAGUACAUGGUCGUGGACCACUAGCGGUCGUCCUUUUUUUCCCUCAAGACCACGCUUGAAAGUAUUGUGUCUCAAAAGAAAAAUUAGAGACGGCACGCGAUCUAACAUGGAGUGUUACUGAUAUGAAUUUAUAUCUACACUGAUCAACAGCAACUAAUGCUUUUAAACAGACUAAUUAAUUUAUUUUAAAUUAAUGUUUGUGUUUUGUUUCAGUUCAGAGUCCUUGUGCCGAGAACCCCUGCCUAAAUGAUGGUAACUGCUCAGUGAUUACUGGUGGAGAUUAUUCUUGCGCAUGCCCGGGUGGAUAUUAUGGAAAGAACUGUGAAACAGGUACUUUCAGAAAGUAUUUAAACACUUCGCUUGAUUUCUAAGAGCGCCGGCUGAAUUGUAAGGAAAAACACGAAGCAAAGCGAAGAAUGAUCAUACCCCAUUAAAAGGGCUGCUUUUUAAAACAUAUCUGUGAUAAGUUUCAAAUGAGAUGUUUUAAAGACUUGAAAAUCGAAGUUCUAUUCUUAUAUCACUCGAUACACUAAGGCUCACUGGAAGUUCAGACGUCAAACGUUUCGUGUACCGAACUUAAUACCCAUUGGGUUGACCUAAAUGAUAAAGGUUGGACGCUUGACUUAGGCCUCGAAGUUGAUUAGUGGUACUCAAUUUCGAUUUUCACGAUGUGCAAUGGUCAGUCUUGAACCAUGGCCACAUUUGCAACAUAGUCAAAAUAGAUUACUUGUCCAUUGGAUAGGGGCACAUUAAAAGUUUGAACGUUCAACUGGGCCUACGGCAAACUAUAAAAGUGAUUGUUAAGAGAAAGAAACAUUACAGGUGUUUAAGAGUGGACCUACUAAUAAUUUCUGACCAUCAAGUAAGUGUACACCUUUUUGUUAUUUUCAUAGCAAACCUGUGUUACAAGAACCCUUGUAAAAACGGAGGUGAAUGCAAGUCUCGCGCUGGCCGCAGCUACUAUUGUAAAUGUGCUCAGGGAUUUCAAGGAAAAAACUGCGAAGAAGGUUAUAACACUACUCUCACCUAAAUUAAAAUAACGGAUAGAUAAGAAGGUCUAAGUCUCUAAGAUCAAAUGUUCACCAAAUGUUUUUAGGAUCUUGCCGUAGUUUAAUUUCGCCGCUGUCAGUAAAAAGAUACGAAUUCUUCAUGGGAAAAGACAGUUUCUUCGAGGGAUUCCAAGACAUUUUCAGCAAUUCGCAAACAGUUAGUUUAUGGCAAUAUCGGCAUUUAAAAUGCAGUGGUUCUGGGUGGCUGAUAAACAAUGAAUUUUGUACACUUCUAAUAUUUUUAAACAGAAUUUUGCAAAAACUCAAAUAUCAAACUCUGGCCGGGUUGUUCAAAGCUGGGUUAAGAUAAUUCAUGGUUAGUGCGAAAAUUGAACUCAGAUAUAAAAGGUAAAAAAUCAAAUUCAGUUUAAUCCUCUUCCUCUAUGAUUUGCUAAUGGCAUAAGCUUAAACGAAUCAGAAAAAUUUAUUCGAGGAAAUGCUUCUGAGCAAAAGGAAAACUGAGGAACCCGGAUUAAAACAUUUUCCACGGGAUAGUGCUAAUCGGGCUUUGAAAAACUGGGCCCACACUUUUUGAUGUAGCUAAAUUUACACUGAUCAGUAAAUGUCUACAAGGCAAUAAAUUAUGGUUCUUAUAAAGGAUAAGCGUUUUCCAUCCUUAGGACGCUCAAUUUAAAGCCGUAUUAGUUGUCCGGGAAAAAAGUCCCAGAUUUGCGCAAAUCUUUCAUCAAUCGCUCGGCCCAGGGGCCCGUUUCUCGAAAGUCAAUAACUUUUCGGGCCCGGAAAGCUCUUUAAUGUUUACCGUGCGGUUUACAUUCAAGAUCAAAGUUGUCAUAGUAACACAUUCAAUGGUAUUCAAUCUUCACGAACAGCUUUCAAAUAAAGAUGUUCUAAUUUUGUACACAAAACACAUUUUUUUAUAGACAUAAACGAGUGUUCUGGUGAUAUUUGUGGUGAAAAUGCCAACUGCGAAAAUACAGUGGGUUCUUACAUUUGUACUUGCAAAUCUGGAUACGCCAGGAGAAAUAUAACAGGCUGCUCUGGUAAGAAUAUUCAUUAUUGCACCAAAUUACCUUUUUUUCUUUAGAUUCCUAGUUUUUAGCUUAUAAUUUCUUAUUAUUUCUUCCAGCUGAAUAUUCUGAGAUGGUGCAUUUUGAAUUUCAUGAAACAUUGGUCUUCUGCGACCAGUCUCAAACCUGGUUGUUUUUAUUUUGAUAAAUUUAACCAUCUUCUCUGGGGGUUGAAUUCACUUUUCCUACUAUUCUACACUAUCAAAGAGAAAAAAAUUCUUCAAGAUUCUUAGAAAGUAGUUCUUCGAGGAAAAACAGAUAGUUUAUUUUAGAAAAAUAACCUUACAAUAUUCUCUUCUUAGAUAUCAACGAGUGUGCUAUCGGCGCUGAUGCUUGUGACGUUAAUGCCAAGUGUAAAAAUACUGUUGGAUCUUACACUUGUACCUGCAACAAGGGAUUUACAGGAAAUGGAAAAACAUGCACUGGUAAGAUUUACUUGUAACUGACUGACCAACUCUUCCCAAAUUAAAACAAUCGCUUUCUUUUCCAAGUAGCGAAAUAGUAAAUGAUAUCGCUUAAAAGUUUUACUAGUUUUAACCGUUUUACCCUGCAGUAAUGUCCCUUUAAGAUGCUUGAAAUAUUACUGAGAAAAAUACGAUCUAUUUUAGAUUAAAUUGAAACUUAGAAGUAAUCGUAAGUAGAGUCCACUCGAGACUAAACUAUUUUUUGGUUGCAUAUACACAGAAAUAUUCACAGAGUUGGUCAGAUAAUUUUCCAAAAGAAAAAUUUAUAUUGGACGAUGUCUUAUAGCCUUGAGCGAACCUUAAAACCGUGUUCUGAUUUCUCGAGAUACUGAGAAUAUUAAUGAAAAGCACCAAUAACGCGAACUGUCUCACGCAAACAUCUGAAAUCAAGAUGAAUCAUUGUUACAUGAAAUGGACUGUUUGCAUAGCAAGGGCGAAAUAUUAAACCUCAACAAACAGUCAAGAACUCUGUUUCUAUUUCUCGCUCACUCCGGUCCAAUUAUCCAUUUAUGGCAGAAAGAAAGAUAAGCUUAAUGCACGAGAGCCUUUUUUGUUAGUGCUCCUGAACAUAGCCUGUUUAUGAAUUUCGAAAUGGCACAGAAAAGGCAGACAAACGACGAAAAACGCAGACUUGUUUAUGCUCUCCCCCUUAGUACCGCAGGAUACCCAAGAACCAAAGAAUACCCAAGAUUAGGAGUUCCGUUCCCCUAACGUCAAACGCAAAAAUCUUGUAAUAUUCUCUUCUUAGAUAUCAACGAAUGUUCUACCGGCGCUAAUGCAUGCGACGCUAAUGCCAAAUGCAAAAAUACUGUUGGAUCUUUCACAUGUACCUGCAAAAAGGGUUUUUCAGGGAAUGGAAAAACAUGCACCGGUAAGAUUUACCAGUUCUUCCUCUUUUCCAGUUCGGUUCUAAUCAAAUAGCACAAUAUUAAAUAAUAUUCCAAUUAAUAUUACUUCUGCAUAGUUUUAACUGUUUAACCCUACUAGUAAAGUGGCUUUAAAAUACCUGAACGAUUUUUUCUAAGUAAAUAACGAUCUAGUAAAACUGAAAUACUCUUGUGAUACUCUGUUCCUAGAUAUCAACGAAUGUUCUACCGGCGCUGAUGCUUGUGACGUUAAUGCCAAAUGCAAAAAUAAUGUUGGAUCUUACACUUGUACCUGCAAAAAGGGAUUCACAGGAAAUGGAAAAACAUGCACUGGUAAGAUUGAAUUAUAUUACUGUCUAUUACUACCUUCGGCUUCUUUCUUUAAGAAAAACACCUUCUUUCUUUAAAAAGAAAAACAUCUUCAUGUUUAGACCUUCGUUUGAUUUCACUAACAUUGCCUUAAAAGGUACCCUUAAUUUCUGUCAGAUGAUUCGAAAAAUAGGGUAGUAUAAAGUACCGACACUUGUUUUGUAAUCUUACCUUCUUGACGAAAUUAACCUGACGAUUUUCUUUUCCCAGAUAUCAACGAAUGUUCUACCGGUGCUGAUGAUUGUGACGUUAAUGCCAAGUGCAAGAAUAAUGUCGGAUAUUACACUUGUACGUGCAAAAACGGUUUUACAGGAAAUGGAAAAACAUGCACUGGUAAGAUUUACUUCACUAACUGCCUAGUUCUUCCGGCUAAAGAAAAACAAUCCUCUUCAGAUUUUCCUGUCAAAUGACGCAACAUACGUGCGAAAUAAUAUCGCUCAGUGGUAUUACUGUGGUUUUUAACUAUUUAACCCUGCAGUUAAGUGGCUUAAAGAUGCUUGAAAAAGAAAGUUACGAUCUUUUCAAACCUGAAAUAAUUUCGUGAUUUUCUGUUCUAAGAUAUCAACGAGUGUGCUACCGGCGCUGAUGGCUGUGACGUCAAUGCCAAAUGCAAAAAUACUGUUGGAUCUUUCACUUGCACCUGCAAAGAGGGUUUCACAGGAAAUGGAAAAACAUGCACUGGUAAGAAUUACUUGACUAACUGCCUAGCUCUUCCAAAAAUAAAAACUCUGUUUUGCCUUUCAAUAACAGUUUUACCUGUUUAACACUGUAGUAGACUGGAGUUUUUGAGUUACUUCAAAGUAUUUCAAAAAAAAAAUAAACGGUACAUUCAAAAGAAAUCAUCUCAUGAUAUUCUGUUCUUAGACAUCAACGAAUGUUCUAACGGAGCUGAUGCCUGUGACGUUAAUGCCAAAUGCAAAAAUACUGUUGGAUCUCACACUUGUACCUGCAACAAGGGUUUUACAGGGAAUGGAAAGACAUGCACCGGUAAGAUUUACUUAACGUCCUUAACUUACGGACUUCUCCUCCCCAAAGAAAAAGGCUUCGUCUUCAUUUUCGACUUUCCUCGUUAAAUUUGAUCCAUUAGCUCAGUGGUAAAAUGAUUCAGGAAAUAGCACAGUCUCGCAUUACAAUGAUAGCCUUUAAAAAUGAAUGGCAAGCACAGUGGCUUGCCAAUUCAAGUGACUUGCAAAAAACCCAGGGGGUGAACAUAAUGGCCAUUGACACCUCUGCCAAACCCAGUCACCCUGAUUAUCAAAUAAACUCUGGUUAAAGAGAGAAGACAUGAAAAUUUAAUUUGCAGAGCAAAUAUUUUGUAAAGCUGUUAAUAUAAUAAUGUACUAAACUGGCGAUAAGACUGCCUUAAAAGAUAUUUCGAACAAAGAAAAGAUCUUUUUAAAACUCAAAUAAUCUCAUGAUACUCUGUUCUUAGAUAUCAACGAAUGUUCUACCGGCGCUGAUGACUGUGGCGUUAAUGCCAAGUGCAAAAAUACUGUUGGAUCUUACACUUGUAGCUGCAAAAAGGGUUUUUCAGGAAAUGGAAAAACAUGCACUGGUAAGAUUUACUUAAUUAUCUUACUGCCUUCUUCACUUUCAGAUUUUCCCUUCAUAAGACGCAAAAUUAAAUGAUUAAGGUUAAGAUAAUAGCUUUUUAUUGAUACUUAAUUGUAACUUCUUAACCCUGUAGUAAAAUGACAGAAAUACCAAGCUAAUAAAGAUCUAUUAAAACUGAUCUUGUGAUAUUCCGUUCUUAGAAAUCAACGAAUGUUCUGUCGGCGCUGAUAGCUGUGACGUUAAUGCCAAGUGCAAAAAUACUGUUGGAUCUUACACUUGUAUCUGCAAAAAGGGUUUUACAGGAAAUGGAUAUAAAUGCAAAGGCAAGAUUUAUUUAUUUGUUACUGACUUCUUCCCCUGAAAGGAAAGCGUCAUCUUCAUAUUCAGACCUUUCUUUGUUUCCAACAACAUGCCAUUAAAACGAGUGCAAUGUCCAAUUGUCUCUCAAGUCCAAAACUUUGGGUUUAAUAAUAGUUUAAAAUCUCUCCUUUACUAACUCCCACCACUAUCUUGGCUCGUUCUGCCAGUCGGCUCUUCCUUUUCUAGCCUCAUUUUCAGUGCUUGAAAAUCUUGCGUUAGAGUGUCAAGUUUGCUCUUGAAGCUAUCGGUUCCCUUUUCCAAUAAAUGGAUGGUAAUUUUUGUCAUUAUUCAGACACAUUUGAGUCGAAGUUUUGGCAGUUCGCCAAAAAAAUAAUGCCUGUUUACUGAAGCACGCGUUUCCCUACUCAGUCCUCUUGCCCACUAACUUUAAAAAAAACAUCUAAAUAUAUUCAUAAAUUUUAAAUAUUUCUGUUUAGAUAUCGAUGAAUGUGCUGUACAGAAUGGCGGAUGCUCUCACGACUGUGAAAAUACACCCGGCAGUUACGAGUGCGCAUGCCUAGACGCAGAGCUCUCAUUGGCUAAAGACAACCAUACUUGUGAAGGUAAACACCAAACAUACCUUUCCCUGAUAUACAUGUGUCCAAUAUCAGCAGCUAGUAGCUCAUUGAAUGGUUGUUACUUCUGUUAAAAAAAAUUAUUGAAAGAAAAUUUCGAAAAUGCAAGAACUGAUUUAAUUGUCGAAAAGGGUAGAAGAGAACUUAGGUGCUUCCCGGGGUCUUUCCUGUCUUCUCCGGCUGCUAGUAAGCGUGAAAAUGUAUUAAACUUACAGAUUACUUGACAUGAUUUCUUGGGAAAUUCUUGUUGUUAAGAAUCAUCUACAGAACUUAGUACAGUAUUUGAUCUUGCUUAUAAGCUUGUAAUUCCUUCGCUUGACACACUUGUAACUUUAUCCGCCAUUACUGAUAAUCUUAUAGUGAUUCAUAAACAUUAACUGCAAAGGACCGAAAAUGAAUAUGUGGCAAAAUGUAGAGGAACUGAUCAACAAAAUAUACAAAAAGUAAACGUAUUGAACGUAUCUACAAAGCUGAUCUUAAUUUAAAGAAAUAUAUUCGCAAGGCAUAAAUACGACACCGACAAAAACUCAAAACAGAGCGGGGAUGUAGCCAUGAUUGAAAUUCCUACUCUGCUGAGAUUAUUAUUAGCCUAUAUUUAAUUAUUAUUAUUUUUAACCUUAAUGUCUUUUAAUUGUACAUAUUUUUUAUCAAACCUCUUGUACUUAUUGUUAAUUUAUUGUAUUUAUCAUUUUUAAUUUAAAAUCGGCUUGAUUUUUUGUAAUAAUAUACUGUAGUCAGGGCAUUAGUUAGUGAACAGCCACCUCCUGAAAGUAAGACUAAUAAAAUCGUCAUUAUUAUUAUUAUUAUUAUCAUUGUUAUUAUUAUUAUAAAUUUCCAGCAAAUCGUCCACCGUAUAACCUACUGGUAGACCAGGGAUCAACCCAGACUGGGGUGAUCAACUCCUAUUAAAUGGUUUAAACAUUUUUUCCUCAGCAAAAGGUGUGCUCGUCCGUUGCCUUCAAAACAAGAUGUCCAUCACUAUCCCCAAGCUCAUUCUCAAAGGAAUGGACCGAGAGCAUGUUCGUCUCCUGGACCCAAACUGCGGAGCAACCGAGAAUGCCACACAUUUCACUCUGACAACAGCACUGACGAAAUGCAACACAACACGAAGACACACCAAGUCUUCCAUUGUAUAUAGCAACACUGUGCUGGAGAUUCCGCUGAAAAAUAAUGACAUCAUUACCCGUGUCAGGGAAAUUGAGAUUCCAUUCAGUUGUUACUAUUCUAAUAAAAGAACAGCCACAGCCGUUGGAAUGAGGCCCGAAAACCGAAAGCUGGUUUUCUCGGAGAAAGGAAAAGGAAAUUUCACCAUUGUACUGGAAUUAUUCCACAAUAAAAGGUUUGAAGUUUAUAGCAAUUUAAAUAUAUACAUUUUCAGAAAGACGAAACUGCAUUCAAACUAACUGCUUUAUCAAACCGUUAUAUUUCGAAAUGAGACUUCUCCACAUAUCCUACGGCUUUGAAUAAGUGUAUUGUAAAAGUAGGGAACUCGACAUCUUUCAGGCCAAAACUUGCUUCUAAUUGAGUUUUCUCAGAAAUGCGAUCAAGAUAGGACAGAAUAUUCAUCUUUUUUUCAAAGCCAGGAAGCUGAUAUCUCGUGCAUGACGCAAAAACUGAACAUACUACUUUGAUUUCGACAACGGCAAGACUUAACCGUUUUGUUUCGUGUGAUUCCAGAUUCGUCAAAUCAUAUAGUGCAAGUGACUACCCAUUGUCCUUUAAACUCCGACAAUUGAUGUUCUUCCAAGCCAAAGUUCAGAGCAAAGACAAGGGGCUGUCGAUCUUGGCUAAAAAAUGUUUUGCCACACCAACACCUGAUCAGAAAAACCCGAAGAAGCAUUUCAUAAUGGAUAAUGGGUAAGGAAAGAUCUUUUUUGUCCUCGCUGUCUUUGUUUUUUAAUAAAAACGUGUUGCAGACAAUUAACUCAUUUUGCGUAAUAAAUCAGGCUAGAACCCAAAUACAAAAAGAACUCACAACUAUAUAACCGUGUUUUUUAAGAACCUGUUCGCCUAAAAUUUUGUCAGGUAACUCUUAUCAUACUCAAACCACUCUCGCGCGUGAAAAAAAUCCUUCUGCGCUGCCUCAGCAUCUCAAAAUAUUCCGUAAUGUGAUACUUAAAUAUCUUAAAUCGAAGCCACUGUUCACAUGAACACUACUUUUUUUGCCAGAUGUCCAGUUGAUGAUACCUUGGAACUCUAUUCUUCACCUACGGGCACCUUUCGAUUUGGUUUGGAAGCCUUUGAAUUUGUGGAUCAGCCAUUUGUCUUUGUGCACUGUCACGUGAUCAUCUGUAACGCGACUGAUCCGCAAUCCAGAUGUGCACGAGGAUGUGAAAAGAAACCUCGGCUCAGACGUGAAGUCCAACAUCACAAGAUAUAUUCCUUGGUGCAAGGACCAAUGACGCUAGAUCGUAAUAAGGAAUACAAGGAACUAGACAAUAAUCUCGCUAUUGGCAGCAAAGUCGAUACUGCAGGUAUUAUACACUCGAAAUGUUUUUCAUGAAAGUCAUCUUCCUCUUAACAGACAGUCCAGACACUUGAAGUUGAUCCCUGCCAUCCUGUCAUGCGCUUUAAAGCGGACAAUUAAACUGUACUAUGUUUUUCAAUGGAACUGCCCAACAAACAGCACGUAUUUACGAUCACUUCCUGUUUUGAAUAACUGAUCCAUUGAACAGCCCACAAUAUAAAUGAUUUUGCUGUUAAACUAGAAAGACACGGAUUUUAAAACCCUUUCCACUGAUUAUUUUUUCUCUUCCUGUCUUAUUUCCUUUUUUCUAGCCGGAGACAACCUUCCACUGCUUGCAGCCAUGGCCGCCAUGACAGCUUUGACCAUGUUUGGAGUCGCAUUUAUGGCUUUCAAGAAAAGAUGACGUGUUGGCAACUUAUAUUUUGCUCAUCCCUAGCUGUUAAAUCACUGGUCUGAAUAAAUGCAAUGUCAUGAACUUAACAAACACUGUGUCUCUUGUCUUGUGGUUACGCUAUGUUCUCAGCGUUGGGAGACGAAAAUUGAAGAAAAACAAAUUAUAGCAAAUAAAUAUUUUUGUUUUAAAGUGAACGUUCUAUUUCCGCUUUCGACACUGUAUAUCAAGCUACCGUACAUCCCUUUAAAACCGUGACAUCCCUCAUAGAGGCAAAAAUUUUCGCUACCCUUAUUGAUCCAUUAACAGUCUCGAAUAGAGGAAAAGGGCAAAUUUAGUCGUUUCGAAAGAGUGAGCCGACAAAAGUCAGGUUUGGAUCCACACCAGUUUCAACUGUUUUACGAAAAUCGGUCAGUUUUUUCAUAAUUAAUAUAUAUUUUUAAUGAAAAACACUUUCCAAGUUAAAAUCUGGCCAAUAUCCUGACUGAAUGACUCAGAAACCCAAGAAAGGUGACUUUAGGGAGAAAAGAUCCAAACAAAUUCACUGGGCUGCAUACCCCGCACCCCACUAGAGCUUGCGCUCUCGGCGCUCGUUUAGAAAAUCGGUCAGUAUUUACCCUACAUCCGCGCCUGAAAGUAUCUUCCUACUUUUUUAAAGGAGUAAACUUUGCUUUUUCUUAUACGCUUAAGUCGAUUAGGAAAUAUUCUUCUCGUAUGUUUUUAGGCACAUUAUAGUAUUGACAAUUUCAAAUUAUUACCUUAUUUGUCGACAUUAGUUUACGGUGCUUUAUGCUUUGUACUGUAAUGCGGUACAUUUCUACGAUAAACUGUGUGGACAUGUGCUUCUUCCUCCUUCCUCUUUAAAUAUGCUAACCCUUUCUACUAUCAACAGUUAUUUUUUCCCUGCUGUCUUCAUUCAUUUCUUAUGGUAUGGACGAGGAGAAUUUGCUUAACAAUCAAUACCUUUUCUCUAAUACAAUUCGUCGCUCAAUGGCUCUUUUAACUGCAUCCAACUACAAUAAGGUUUAUCUUACAAGUCCCAUAACUUGAAUAAAAUAUGAACUAUAGGUAUGUUUAACUUCCGUUCUGUCAACAGCACUCGAUAUAAUGCAUAAGUCGCGGAGUUUUUCAGUAGUUAUAGCAACUACCUGAUCUACAACAUCUGCUCACGGUUGAUAUUUUCAGAGCAUUUUACCUUAAGUAUCACGAAGAGCAAGAAAGUAGAUUUUAUCGUUGGCGAAUUUAACAGGUCUUUCACAGAGCCUUGAUAGUGGUAAUUACCCGUUUCCCUUGUACUUAGCCUUUAUGCUUUUAAAUGUUGCUUGACCAUAUUCAUGUUUUGUAUUAGAAAUAACCCCAAUCAGUGAGUCAUUAGUGUCGAGAAAGUUUACACUGGCUAUCUUAAUACUGCUGAAUAGAACCAAUCUACUAACCAGGGAACAAUCCUUUUUAGAUAUUACAGUUCCUGACGUUAAGUAGAUAUCAGUACGGCUGUAAUUACUUGAUAGUCUAGCAAAUUCAUUUUUGUUGCUCACCCUAGGAAAAUUAAUUAACGCAGAGGAAUUUGUAGUUUUCCUAUCUUCCUUUCUCCAAAAUUUGAUAGAAAAUACCAAUUUCUACUUCGUUCUUCGACAUUAAUUGCUCCAAAAGACCUGAUACGUGAUUGGAAGCACUGCUUCUAAGCGCUCGAUAACCUUAACAUUAACAGCUUGUGUGGCAGGAGUUUAAAGGGCAAAGGAACAAGGGAAGCACGACGUGCGAGAACAUGAAAGACGCUCUUCGGCAACUCGCUCUCCUUAAAGGAGCUAUCACCUCGCCUUACCUAUCCUUUUCGCGGCUCGUGGCACAUAAGGCCUUCACAGAGUUCCUCCACGCAUCUCGGUUAGCCGCAACGGUCUUCACUUCCCCCCACGAUCGCCAUCCUGCUUCUGCCCUUCCUUUUUCCACCAUUCGCCUCUAGGUGGUUUUUGGUCUUCCUGUUCUUUUUUUUCCUUUUGGUGCCCAAGUCAUUCCUAUAUUGCAGUCGCUGUUCUGGUCCUGUCUUAGUAUAUGUCCAAUUAUCUUCCAUCUAUGCUACUUCUGCUCACCUCUUUACUCGUAGUUUUCAUGUUUCUAUGUCCUAUGAUGCUAGACUAUUACUCUUUUAGGUUAAUUCUGUGCUGAAUUCAUUACUUUUUGCCUCAGUAGAGUUAUUGAGACAUCAAACAAAUUUCGUCAGGGAGCACCAACCAUAAUCAUUUUUCCUCGGCCAUGCUUGCAAGCAUAGUAUUAAAACUCGAUAAAGGAAGUCCAUUUAUUUUCAUCAUUUUCACGUCUUCAAUUCUCAAUCCAUGUCUAUCCUUGUCGUCAGAAGCAACAGACAAAAAGAAAGAGUUUCAAUGCCUAAAAUAGUGCAAUACUAAGUAAAAAUACUGGAUCAUUAAUUUUGAAAUACAGUUGAUGCGAAGACAAGUUAAAACGUUUUAAAAAGAUAGUUAAUAGCGUGACACAGCCCAUUUAAUUACCACUUUCCUUUCCAUCUCAAACGUUUUCAAAGCAGGCUGAUACAUUCACAAAAAACCCCAGUUAUCAUUGCAAAAUUUACCUGACAAAGGUAUGGUGAUGAGCCUCUUGGUGACUAUCCAAUGGAUGGAACGCCCGUCCCUCAAAAUGCACGGUUCUUGGGGUUUAAUGUUUUCUUGUUAAAAUUAAAAAAAUCCGGCUAGAUUCCAUUUUUUUACUUUAUCGUUUUCCCAGCUGUUUUUCUAUGAAAUAUGAAUGUUUAAGACGGAAUCCAUCAGGAAAUUGAGUAAUUUCAAUAUUCAAUGACAAAAACCUUGUACCAGAAUAAUUUAAACAAUAUUGCAUUCUUUUUUACAUUUUUCAAGGGCAAUAGAUAAAGUUAGGGCCUGUUUACAUGGAGUGGGGGACCCCGGUCUAGUGGGGUUGGUUUCUUAUUUUCAGAAAGACGAAACUGCAUUCAAACUAACUGCUUUAUCAAACCGUUAUAUUUCGAAAUGAGACUUCUCCACAUAUCCUACGGCUUUGAAUAAGUGUAUUGUAAAAGUAGGGUACUCGACAUCUUUCAGGCCAGAACUUGCUUCUAAUUGAGUUUUCUCAGAAAUGCGAUCAAGAUAGGACAGAAUAUUCAUCUUUUUUCAAACCCAGGAAGCUGAUAUCUCGUGCAACUGAGAUAUGAACAUACUACUUUGAUUUCGACAACAGCAAGGCUUAACCGUUUUGUUUUGUGUGAUUCCAGAUUCGUCAAAUCAUAUAGUGCAAGUGACUACCCAUUGUCCUUUAAACUCCGACAAUUGAUGUUCUUCCAAGCCAAAGUUCAGAGCAAAGACAAGAGGCUGUCGAUCUUGGCUAAAAAAUGUUUUGCCACACCAACACCUGAUCAGAAAAACCCGAAGAAGCAUUUCAUAAUGGAUGAUGGGUAAGGAAAGAUCUUUUUUGUCCUCGCUGUCUUUGUUUUUUUAAUAUUACGUGUUACAGACAAUUAACUCAUUUCGCAUAACAAAUCAGGCUAGAACCCGGAUACACAAAGAACCCGCAACUAUAUAACCGUGUUUUUUAACAACCUGUUCGCCUAAAAUUUGUCAGUUAACUCUUAUCAUACUCAAACCACUCUCGUGCGUGAAAAAAAAUCCUUUUGCGCCGUCUCAGCAUCUCAAAAUAUUCCCGUAAUGUGAUACUUAAAUAUCUUAAAUCGAAGCCAAUGUUCACAUAGACAACAAUUUUUUUGCCAGAUGUCCAGUUGAUGAUACCUUGGAACUCUAUUCUUCACCAACUGGCACCUUUCGAUUUGGUUUGGAAGCCUUUGAAUUUGUGGAUCAGCCAUUUGUCUUUGUCCAUUGUCACGUGAUCGUCUGUAACGCGACUGAUCCGCAAUCCAGAUGUGCACGAGGAUGUGAAAAGAAACCUCGGCUCAGACGUGAAGUCCAACAUCGCAAGAUAUAUUCCUUGGUGCAAGGACCAAUCACACUAGAUCGCCAUAAGGAAUACAAGGAACCAGACAAUAAUCUCGCUAUUGACAGCAAAGUCGAUACUGCAGGUAUUAUACGCUCGAAAUAUUUUUCAUGAAAGUCAUCUUCCUCUUAACAGACAGUCCAGACACUUGCAGUUGAUCCCUGCCAUUCAAUCAUGUGCCUUAAAGCGGAGAAUUACACUGUACUAUGUUUUUCAAUGGAACUGCCCAACAAACAGCACGUAUUUAGGAUCACUUCCUGUUUUGAAUAAAACUGAUCCAUUGAAGGGCCCACAAUAUAAAUGAUUUUGAGGAUAAACUAGAAAGACACCGAUUUUAAAACCCUUUCCACUGAUUAUUUUUUUCUUUUCCUGUCUUAUUUCCUUUUUUCUAGCCGGAGACAAUCUUCCACUGCUUGCAGCCAUGGCCGCCAUGACAGCUUUGACCAUGUUUGGAGUCGCAUUUAUGGCUUUCAAGAAAAGAUGA